AUGGCCUCGGCAGUUCUCACCAGCCCGGACGCGUCGCGUCUCGGACCUCCUGGUGUCCUGACGCCCGCCUCCGAAAACCCUAUGAGCAAAGCAAGCCAAGAUGGCUCUUCUGCUGGGCCGAGAAAGCGCAAGAGAGGAGCCACGACUUUGGUAUCGACGGGUAGCCAUGAGUCCAUGCCCUCCUCUCAUCCCAUGGAAGAACUCUUGAAGCCGCCAAUCUCUAUCAGGCCACAUCCUCCGAAUGUCCUUGCAAAGUCGUCCAUAUUGCUCCCCCUCAUGUUGAUUGGAAGGGAGCAUGUAUCCCUCUCUCAUCUGGACCUAUCGAGCCCUUCGGGCACCCUCUCUCCUGCACGCUUUUUCGAGUCCCGGAUUCGGAUUCUGGAGCUGGAAGGGCGACUUGGCUCGAGCAUUCUGAUCGCCCGGUGCGACUCAUCCCGCGAUGCUUAUGCGAUUGAGCGAAGUGACAAUGGCCUGUAUACCGUCUGUAAACUCGGAAACUGGGUAGAGCUGGACAAACUCAGUCAACAGUCUUCAGUCUUUUGUCAACAGCGUAUACGCCCAUUCGAUGCAACAUCGGCGAACACCAAGGACUCUGGCCCCCCGCUUACGACGCCGCAUCUGUACAAGGAGAACAAACGGAAAAGGCUUGCAAUCGAAGAAAUUCAGUCCAUGGUCAGGAGGCGGCCCAGGUCGGAGACCCAAGCUAUCACUGACAGUCAAAAGUCGGCCUCUGUCGGAGCCUCGCCAAGCCAGCUCCCUACUCCAGAAAGCCAGACCGAGUUGCCACCAGGGCCACAGCCCGAAACCGACUCACAAAGCCUGACCCAACCAGAGCAAGCCUUGGGGACAGAGGCCAUUGGCACUGAACAAAAGUCAGCUCAAGACAUAUUUCAAAACAUUCGCGCCCAAUACUUUGAAGUUCUCUAUCAUUCUAUGGGCUCCCUUGCGUACUUUGCCAAAGGCCCGUUAUCUCGCGCAAGAGCGGACUUCCAUCUAAACACGGACUCAAACUUGGAGAUGAGGGAUCUGAUUGAGUUUCUCAAGAGCCUCGUCAUGACGACCGUACUAAUAGACAAGAAAUAUGCCGAGUCCAUACCCGAGAUUUUGUCCCAGAUGAAGACCGCCGUCGACAGUUCCGGCAACGAGGCAAGCUCAAAGAAGAAAAGGGCAAAGAAAAUGAAGCUCGGCAAGAAUGGUAUCUGGGCUGGUGAAGAUGCUCAUGUCAAGAAGUGGUGGACAGCCACUAAACCAGAGAUGCGCGACGAUGAGGUUUCCGUUACACCCCCGGAGACGAGAUUCCAUAUUGCGUGCUUGCGGACCCGAGAGACCCAGCUACAGAUGAUCCUGAUCCUUGAAAUUCUGGCGCUGGAAGCCAUCUGCCCUGCCGAGGACGCUGUAGAGAGCCAGCUGCCCGGUAUGGAGUCUACCACACCAGCAGGCAAAGCGGAGCCGAUGGCCAAGAAGCGGAACAAAUACAACCUUCCAUUCCUUGUUGAAGUCCAUGCCGACCGCCUGUGCAUUUCGCAGUCUGUUGCUCUGGACGAGAUCAAAGCUAUCGCAGAAUCCCAAAUGAAGGGAUUGGAUGGGCAAAAGGGAAGCAAGCCCAGCUCUGACCCUCUGAAAGACUUUUGCGUGGACAUCAUUCUUCCAUUUUUUUCUGCUCGUCUGCCCGACCUUUGCGAUAUGCUGAACCGCAAGCUCGGCGGACCAGUUAUUGUCUCUCCACCGAAACCAAAGGUUCAUAGGCCUUCGUCGGCUGCCGAGAAGGCACGACCGAAGCCAGGCAGCGCAGCCAAGAGACCAGCGCCGGGCAAGCCCACGCGCAACCUCGAUCGAGUUCUGUCGAACGAGAGAUUGAGGAGAAGUGUAUCCAGAGGACCGACGGAUGUCAUUGCGCACAUGAGAUCUGCCACUGCCGCACCGAUCCCCGGACUGAAGAGGGAGAUGAGUGAACCCCGGAUGCUGGGAGGUAUUCCCCAUCUUGAGCCCGCCCAGUUGAAGGAGAAACCGCCGAAUCUAUUCGCACGAAGCAUGAGUCUGACAGGGGCCGAUGAUCUCAAAGCCAGAAAACGCGCAUUAGUAGAUGCCGAAUUGCAAGAUGCAAUAUCAGCCCUCAAGAAGCCUAACAGGCAGCUUGCAGGGAAGUCCAUUGCCGAGGAAACCGAGAGAAGGCUGUUCGCGAGUGGCGCUGGAUCGCGGAAAAAGCAAAAGACUCAAUCUCGUACCUCUUCUGACCGUGUUGUGAAGGCCACGCCGGUCAACAACAGGUUCAGGGACGCACUCGCCGGAGAAUCCUUUAGCGGGAAAAGCGAGCGUCCCCAAGUACCCGGCUUCUUUGACUCGGUGCCAUCGUCGUCGACGGCUCCGCCGAGGCGAAAGAGUCUCUUCGAUUCGCCAAACGUGGGUGACACACCUACGUCUAGAAAAGUACAAGCGACGCCCGUUCGGCCGUCGAGUGCGUUAGGCAGGCAGUCAAGGUCUGCUCAGGAGGAUGUCGUGCCACCUUCAUCGCCGUCCAUCGUGCGACACUCGCCUGUGGCAUAUCGCCGGACAUCAGCGACGCUGCAAGUGUCCAGGAGCCCACAUGCGGACGAUAUGGUGCCAGCAUCAUCACCCCUACAGGCUAGAAAACCCGCGAUGCCACGAUCUUUUGCAUCGCAGACGAGUGCUGGGAAUGCACCGACCGAGGCUCACAUGGUGAUCGGAGCUUCGCCACAGAAACAAGCAGCAAAGAUGGAUCCCGCCACACCGGCGGGCAAGAACCAGACGAUUUACCAGCGUUUAGGCUGGGAUGAUGAGGAUUUGGACGACUUGGCAUGA